UUACUGAAUUGCGUUAUCCAUGGGAAGGCGAGGAGCGGCGUGCCAAGUGCGCGCCCCUAUGGCACCGUACAGCAGAGCCUUACAUCUAUGAUCCAUGACUCCGUUUUUUUAAAUAUUUAGGCUGUUUCAUUUUACCCUUUCUGCUUGCUCGGAAUAUUGGGUCUAUUUUAUAGUGAAGAGCACUAGCCAUUUUUGUCUGGCGGAGGUAGUUUCGUGGACGAAUAUUUUUUUACGCAUCCGCAAAAAAGUUUGUUUUUAAUUCAAUUUCAAAAUUUUACUGAGGAUAACUGUCAUUUAGCGAGAACCACUACAACAAGCCUUCGUAUAAAUGUAAAGUGACAUUAAAUGGUCUGAAAACGCCUUGUUGACCACUCAGAGAAAAAGAUGUGGGGACUACCGAAGCCGAGGUAUGCAAACUGCAAUGCCUCGGAUUCAAGCGAGGAGACCGAGAUCUACGUGAACAUUGGGGGAGUGAGGCAGGUGCUACACGGGGACAUUUUAAACCGCUUUCCGGAGACUAGGCUAGCCGAGCUGGUUAACAGCGCCUCCGGGAAUUCCGAUACAAUUUCCUCCCUUUGUGAUGACUACGACCCUGGCAAAGGCGAGUUUUACUUUGACAGGGACCCGGACGCUUUUAAAUGCAUUAUUGAACUUUAUUAUUUCGGUGAAAUCCACAUGAAACGGGGCAUUUGCCCCAUUUGCUUCAUCAAGGAGAUGGAAUUCUGGAAAAUCGACAUAGGUUUCCUGGACGAGUGCUGUAAGAGUAACCUUAGCGAGAAGGAGGAAGAGCUGGCAGAGAUAGCAAACAAGGUAAAGCUUAUUCUUGAAGAUAUGCAGGGGGAGCCCGCGGCCAACCGCUGGGAGAGAUGCCAAAAGUUCCUGUGGAAGUUGAUGGAGAAGCCGGAGUCGUCCUUGCCCGCACGCACAAUCGCCAUCGUAUCCUUCUUCUUCAUCCUAAUCUCCUCCGUGGUGAUGUGCAUGGGAACCAUCCCCGACCUGCAGGUGGAGGACGCCGAAGGAAACCGUGUGGAGCACCCGACGCUCGACGCUAUCGAGACCGCCUGCAUCGGCUGGUUCACCGUGGAGUACUUGUUGCGCUUGGCUUCCGCCCCGAACAAAGUGCACUUCGCCCUGUCCUUCAUGAACAUCAUCGACUUUCUGGCGAUCAUGCCCUUUUACGUGGUGCUCGUCCUAACGUACCUGGGGACGGCCGUGAUGGAGCUGGCCAACGUUCAGCAGGCGGUGCAGGCGCUGCGCAUCAUGCGCAUUGCUCGCAUCUUUAAGCUGGCGCGGCACUCCUCCGGGCUGCAGACUCUCACGUAUGCGCUCAAGAGGAGCUUCAAGGAGCUGGGCCUACUGCUCAUGUACAUGGGCGUGGGAAUCUUUGUGUUUUCAGCGCUGGGCUACACCAUGGAACAGAGCCAUCCCGAAACACUCUUUAAGAGCAUCCCCCAGUCGUUCUGGUGGGCUAUCAUCACCAUGACAACGGUAGGGUAUGGGGACAUCUACCCUAAGACCACGCUAGGCCGAUGCAAUGCCGCUAUAAGCUUUCUAUGCGGGGUCAUCGCCAUCGCGCUGCCGAUCCACCCCAUCAUCAACAAUUUCGUCAUCUUCUACAAUAAGCAAAAGGUGUUGGAGACCGCGGCUAAGCAUGAACUUGAGUUGAUGGAACUGCAGUCCAGCGAGGGCGAAGCGACGCCAGCGACCCGGAAGUCCCGAAAACCCAGUUGCGCCGAGGUGUGGGACAGUGAUAACCCCCACAGUGACACCAACAGCCCGGUCCUGCCAGACGCGCACAGAACGCGGCAGCAGAGUUGCAAAUAAGUGGAGGGAAAGGCGAAUCGCGUCGCGAACAUUGCUAUAGCUAACUUGUGUGGUAUCAAAGACAUUUAAAGCCACUCAUGCGUCCGUACUGCGCCAAAUCCAUUCAGACAUAGCUAGUUGUAUUUUUACAUUUGUCAAACUGUCCGCUCAAGUAAAGAUCAAUAAAAUGACGGUGCAUAUAUGAUACUUAAUUUUUUUUUUUUUUCGACAGCCUGAAGGUCUUCUUAUCUCACGUGUGACAAUUGUUUCCUGUUGGGGUGUUUAUUUCAUCAUUGUUCAAUAAAGUGCUUGCAUGAGAACGAA